AUGAAUUCUGCACACUUUCUUGGAUCGUUUGAGAUGAAGACUACUGGAGUUGUGACAUUGCUCGCCGCAGCAGCGCGUGCUCAUGCAGCAUACGCACCAAAGGUUGAGGUCGAGACGAGAUCACUAGACGAGAUCUAUGCUGCAGCUCAGCAAGAAGAGGGUCCGCUGCAGGUGUUUUGGGGUGGUGAUGCUGGCCCACAAGGCGAUGAAGUCCGCACAGCGUGGGCUCAGCGGUUCCCGAAUGUCAAACUCAACCUGACAGUCGACCUGAGCAAGUAUCACGACAACCGCAUCGAUCGAGGACAUCUUGAGGGUCUCCAGGUUGCCGACAUUGCGAACUUGCAGACUCUCCAGGACUUCCGAAGAUGGAAGGCCGAGGGAAAGUUGUUGAGUUACAAGCCUGCGACAUUUGAGGAUCUGCUCGAGGGCGAGAAGGAUGCGGACGGAGCUUACCUACCCACCGGGAUCAGCACUUUCGGCAACAUAGUCUACGACACGACAAAGCUGAACGCCAGCUCAAUCCCAACCUCCUUCGCCUCCUUCCCAGAACCCCAAUGGCGCGGCAAACUCAUCCUUACCUACCCCAACGACGACGACGCAGUCGACUACCUCUUCUCCCUCAUCGUCUCCCGCUACGGCUACCAAUGGCUCUACGACCUCGCCAAAAACGACGUCCAAUGGGUCCGCGGAACAGGAACCCCAGGCCUCCAACUCACCGACCUCCACAAUUCCUCCUCGACUCGCGCCAUCUCGUUCACGACAUACGGAUCGGCCUCAUUCCUCGCGACAAAGUCUCCAGAGGCGCCGGAGCAGUACAUGUCCUGGGCGCAGACGGGUGCGAUCUUGAAGGGGACGAGCAGGCCGGAGAGUGCGAAGUUGUUCUUGGGCUGGUUGGUUAGUGAGGAGCGGCAGGGUCAGGGCAGCGAGACGGGGGCGACAACGUUGAGUAAUCUGAACGUGGCUAAUGGUGUGGAUGUCUAUGGGAGCAAUGCUACGCAGAUCUCGGGUUUCAGGGUCUUCGAGCAGGAUCGAAGUGGCGUGGAGUGGUCGAAGAAUCUGUUUGAGGAGGUGCUGGGUACGCCGCAGGGAAAGGGACCACUAGAGGUGUAUCCUAAUCCUGCUUCUUGA